ACAUUUGCACCUAAUCCCCUAAUAGCCGUUGCCCGCCCCCUCUCAAUUCAAAUUCAAAUUAGCAAUCAUACUUUUCCAUACAUUAAAAUAAUCAUAUAUAAAUUGUCCAUCAAAAUAUUUCAUAAUCACCACCUCCAUUUAUUUGACUAUCUCCUCCCUACUUACACUCCCUACACACAUCCUUUCUCUCCCGUCUUCCAUUCCCGAUGCUCGCCGCGGAGCCCCCCUCCGCAUCUCCCCACCUCCGCCACCCAAAACCCGGUGGCCGAAAACCUUUACAACCCAAAAACAGCAUUGUCAUCAACAACAAUCACUAUGAUUCCGCUCAAAAACCAAAAACAAAUCAUCAACUUUCUAUCCCAACAUUAUCACCCAUUAUUAUCAUCAAUGAUUCUAAUAAGGAGAACUGGGAUCCGACCACCCCUCUCAUUGAAUCCAUGGAUGCUUCCUUAGCUAAUGAGCUGACCGCGGUCAAGCAGAAGCUAGAACGCCUCAAGUUUGAGAAAGAUAAGACUGAUAAAAUGCUUCGAGAGCGAGACCGUACUCUUGAGAUUCAAAUGACUGAGCUUAAUCACCGUGGAGAGUUUCAGAAGGAGCUCGAAAUCGAAGUCGAUCGACUUUACCGAUUGAAGCAUCUCAAGCUCGCUUGCACGAGGAUGUCUCCAAUUCGGUCAUUGAGGGAAAAAGAAAUGGAGAAGAAGAACAAGGAAUCACAGCCUGAGCUCACUAUUAGUGAAUCGUCUGAGAAAUCAGAGGAAAAUAAGGAGGAAAUGGUGGAUGAGAACAGCACUUCAGAGAGUCCAACCCCGAGUUUUUCGAGCACGAAAUCAUCAGCAUCAAUCACUUCCACAUCCAAUUCCAAUUCAAAGUCGACAGCGAGUUCAAAAUUGUUGCCAAUUCGGUUAAGGUUGGGGUUGGGGUUGGAAAGUGCAUUGGAUGAUAAGUAACAAUGUAUAAAGUGAUAAGAGGAAACAUACACAAGUAGUACAUUUUCAACCAUGGUUGAUUGAUUGAUUUUAGAUUAUGUUCCCAAUUGCUAAUUUAUUCAGGCAAACGUAUGUAAUAUCUUGUUAUAUAUAUGCUGCAAUUUAUGGUGAUAUCAAUUUGCUUUGGAUUAUGCUUGAUUUUUUAUGUGUAGUUGUGUACAUAG